CUUAUUGGUCCCGGUCCAUUGUUGCGUAUUGAUUGCUGCGGAGCAGUGGUAUGGUCGUCCGGACACUCGGCCGUUCUCAUCGCCGUUGUGGUCGUCGCCGUCGUCGUCGUUGGCACAGUCGAGCUGGUCGCGAAACGCGGACACACGCGCGCGGAUAGAACCCCAUAUACAUCCGGACGUUCUCCUGAACGAGUCAAAAGGACGAGGACGUUGGCUAGAUAGCAAGACACACCGCACACGGGCCGGCCGAGGAAGUUGCGCUCGAUUCUUAAUUAUGAAGCGGAUAAAGUGCCGCGCAUCGCUGUACACCGUUUCUGAUCGCCGCCGGUGAAUGUGUGACCCGGGGGCAGCAGAGAUCCGCCGCGAUGACGACGACCGAAGAGACGACCGAGCAGCCCCCGGUAGACGACUGCCUGAAGGAACGGAAAUGGUGGUGCUUCCUGCUAUCGAGCAUAUUCACGUUUCUCGCCGGGCUGCUGAUCGUGCUCCUCUGGCGCGCGUUCGCCUUCCUCUGCUGUCGCAAGGAGCCCGAGAUCCCACCAAAUGACCCGAAGCAGAAGGAGCAGAAGACCAGCCGACAGGGCAAGGAGUUCGAGGGGACUUUCAUGACCGAGGCCAAGGACUGGGCCGGCGAACUUAUCUCCGGGCAGACCACCACUGGACGAAUCCUGGUGGUGCUAGUUUUCAUUCUCAGUAUAGCGUCGCUUAUAAUAUAUUUCAUCGAUGCCUCCAGUGAAGAGGUGGAACGUUGCCAAACGUGGAACAACAACAUUACUCAGCAGAUAGACUUAGCUUUCAAUAUAUUUUUUAUGGUCUACUUUUUUAUACGCUUUAUCGCCGCCAGUGACAAGCUGUGGUUCAUGCUGGAGAUGUAUUCGUUCGUGGACUACUUUACGAUACCACCGUCCUUCGUAUCGAUAUACCUCGAUCGGACGUGGAUCGGACUGAGGUUCCUCCGAGCCCUACGACUGAUGACGGUCCCUGACAUCCUCCAGUACUUAAACAUUCUAAAGACAUCGAGCUCCAUUCGUCUCGCCCAACUCGUAUCAAUCUUCAUCUCCGUCUGGUUGACAGCUGCUGGCAUCAUUCAUUUGCUUGAAAACUCAGGGGACCCAUUAGAGUUCACGAACCCGCAACAGCUCUCGUACUGGACUUGCGUUUACUUUCUGAUCGUAACGAUGUCCACGGUAGGAUAUGGCGACGUUUACUGCCAGACGGUCCUCGGCCGAACAUUCCUAGUAUUUUUUCUACUCGUCGGUUUGGCAAUUUUUGCUAGUAGCAUACCCGAGAUAAUAGAGCUCGUAGGCAGUAGGUCCAAGUACAGCGGCGAAUACAAGCGGGAACACGGAAAGAGACAUAUUGUCGUGUGUGGCCACAUCACCUACGAAUCAGUCUCGCACUUUCUCAAGGACUUUUUGCACGAGGACCGCGAGGAUGUUGACGUGGAGGUUGUCUUCUUGCAUAGGAAAGAGCCAGAUCUCGAAUUGGAGGGUCUCCUGAAGAGGCAUUACACGACCGUGGAGUUUUUUCAGGGCACCAUGAUGAACGCGGUGGAUCUGGAGCGCGUCAAGGUACACGAAGCGGACGCGUGCUUGGUGCUGGCGAACAAGUACUGUCAAGAUCCAGACGCAGAGGACGCGGCGAACAUCAUGCGCGUCAUCUCCAUCAAGAACUACUCGGACGACAUUCGCGUUAUCAUUCAAUUAAUGCAAUAUCACAACAAGGCCUACUUAUUAAACAUUCCAUCAUGGGACUGGAAACAGGGCGACGACGUAAUCUGCCUCGCCGAGUUGAAGCUGGGUUUCAUCGCGCAGUCCUGCCUGGCACCGGGUUUCAGCACGAUGAUGGCGAAUCUGUUCGCGAUGCGGUCGUUCAAGACGAAAUGGUUGGUUGAUUGGUACCAGUCGCCCGAUAUGCAGGCUUGGCUGAAUGACUACCUGCGUGGAACCGGAAUGGAGAUGUACACCGAAACACUGAGCCCUACCUUCAUUGGAAUGCCCUUUGCCAAAGCCACUGAGUUGUGCUUCACGAAACUGAAGCUGUUGCUGCUGGCGAUCGAGAUAAAGGGCGAAGGAGGUGGCGACAGCAAGAUCUCGAUCAAUCCACGUGGUGCCAAGAUCGUUGCAAAUACUCAGGGAUUCUUCAUUGCUCAAUCUGCUGACGAAGUGAAGCGGGCGUGGUUUUAUUGCAAAGCAUGCCACGAGGAUAUAAAAGACGAAACUCUGAUCAAGAAAUGCAAGUGCAAAAAUUAUGUGGGGAUGAUGAUGAUGCAGACCGGCAUGGUGAAAGGGAACACUGCCUACAGCAGUUACCUGGACGUGGCCACAUUCCGGAAAGGCGUGCGAGCUGUUCAGAUGGUUAGAAGAACAAGUGAAGACUUCUCGUAUGCAAACGACCACCAUCCUCCCCCUACAUUCACUCCGCCAGAACUGCCCAAGAUGGUUCACGUGAGAGGUACAGGUGAGGUCAGUCGCGAUCGAGACGACCCUAACGCUAUGAGGAACCAUCGAAAUUCCGUCGGGAUGACCAUGAUGAACUCGACGAAGCAGGUAAACAAGGUGAAACCGAACGUGAACCGAGCGCCGAACGAUUCCCUGACAAGUCCGAGUCAACCGUACAAUCAAAGAUCGCAAGAGGAGUCCGCAUACCCUGGCUACCAUCUCGCCUACGAAGUCAAAAAACUCAUGCCGACGAGCAGAGCAUCAGGGGGCACGAACGUGAACAACAACGGCGGCCUGCAAGUCGGCAUUGCCGACGACCAGGCGAAGGACUUCGACUUCGAGAAAACCGAAAUGAAAUACGACUCGACGGGCAUGUUCCACUGGAGCCCGUCCCGCAACCUCGAAGACUGUAUACUGGAUCGGAACCAGGCAGCCAUGACGGUCCUGAACGGGCACGUCGUCGUCUGCCUAUUCGCCGAUCCCGACUCGCCCCUCAUCGGACUGAGAAACCUUGUCAUGCCAUUACGAGCUUCCAAUUUCCAUUACCACGAGCUUAAACACGUAGUGAUAGUUGGGUCUGUGGACUACAUCCGCCGCGAGUGGAAAAUGUUGCAGAAUCUACCAAAGAUAUCAGUGCUAAACGGUUCACCAUUAAGCAGAGCAGAUUUACGCGCCGUGAACGUGAAUCUGUGCGAUAUGUGUUGCAUCCUGUCGGCUAAAGUGCCUAGCAAUGAUGACCCCACCCUCGCCGACAAGGAGGCUAUCCUCGCGUCCCUUAAUAUCAAGGCCAUGACCUUUGACGAUACGAUUGGAGUACUCAGCCAAGCAAAUAAUGAGCAAGGUAAUUUAACCGCAGUUGGCAGCCCGAUCGUUUUACAGCGACGAGGAUCCGUUUAUGGAGCUAACGUGCCAAUGAUAACAGAACUUGUAAAUGACAGCAACGUGCAGUUCCUUGACCAGGACGACGACGACGAUCCGGACACGGAACUCUACCUCACCCAACCCUUCGCCUGCGGUACUGCCUUUGCCGUCAGUGUAUUAGACUCGUUAAUGUCAACGACGUAUUUUAAUCAAAAUGCGCUGACUUUGAUCCGGUCGCUGAUCACUGGUGGAGCAACGCCUGAACUAGAAUUAAUACUGGCUGAAGGUGCAGGUUUAAGAGGUGGUUACAGCACGGCUGACAGCCUGGCCAACAGAGAUAGGUGUCGAGUUGGCCAGAUCGCACUGUACGAUGGGCCCCUGGCCCAAUAUGGCGAAGGAGGCAAGUACGGUGACCUCUUUGUCGCAGCAUUAAAGUCGUAUGGAAUGCUGUGCAUUGGUCUGUACAGGUACAGGUUUCGGGACACGAGCUCGUCGUGCGAUGCCUCGUCCAAGCGAUACGUCAUCACGAAUCCCCCGGAUGAUUUUACGUUACUACCAACAGACCAGGUAAGUCAAGUUCUCUAACAGAUAGCACAUAAA